AAAAAUCUGAAAUGGAAAAAAAAUAAUUUUUCGUGUCUAGAAUAAAACAAUUUAGUGCUCAAUUGUGCAAAAUAUUUAACAAAAUGAUCCACAAAAACUAUUGGAUAUCGUUCAUAACAUGGUUCAUUGCUGAUUUUCUUGAUAUGUCUCAAGGAAGUUAUGGAUCAAGCGGAUCAUCAUCAUCAGCACAAACUAGUUUAUCAAGUGCUCCGAAUGGGAAUAGUAAUGGAAAUAAUGGUGAAUGUCGCGAUUAUACAGGACGAGCAAUUCAGCAUGCGAUGCAUUUCGUACCACCGGGUGUUGAUAUGUGCAAGCUCUGCAUUUGUGAAAAUGGUCAUGCAAAAAGUUGCCGUGCUGUUUUGUGUACGCCACCACCCGACUGUAAGUCCUUUCAAAUGGGGACCUCAUGCUGUGAAUUUAUAUGCUUAGAUGACCACUUAGGCAGCGCAUCAACAACAUCUGACAUAGGAAUUUGACUAAUCGCCACUGGCAUUACUGCCACAGUCUCACUUACAUUAUUAUUCUUCGUCAUUAAUCGCUUUCGACAGCGAAAGAGCCAAAUGAGACAUCAGAAUCAAAAUAAUCAGGAUGAUCAACGAAGCAUCGGAAGUAUUGGAUAUAUUGGCAGUAAUAUUGGCUAUAUGGGGUCAAUGACAAUGGAAUAUCCAUACGAGCAUCAAAAUUCACAUUUUCAAUUGUGGAAGCCAUUCUUCCCACGCGGUGAAGCACCACCGCCCUAUGAAGAAGCAAUUUCAAUGGCACAAAAUGAAUCGCUUAAUACGCAAGCUGCAUGUACGGUCAGUGUAGCAACAUCACACCGCACACUUCCAAUGAAUGUUUGCAAUAAUACAACGACAGAUAAUUCAGAUUUAUCAUCAGCUAUGCCAGUUAAUAAUAAUCCAAUUACAUCAAAUACGACAAAUUUAAUUAACAUCAAUAUUAAUAAUGCUGGAAAUAUUACAGCAGUUGCAACUGGGGAGAAUCACUUGAUACAGAGUAAUGGAAAUUAUUUGAGUGCAACUCCCAACAAUACACUACCUAGAAAUGCAAGUAAUGCAAUUACAGAACAAGAUUUAGUGAAUCGUGCAGGAAGUAUUACAUUUACACCGGCCAUAAACAAUUGUAGUAAUUCCGAUUUGACUGUUAAUUCGUCAUCAAUGCGCGACAUACCGUGUACAUUACAAAAUUGUGACUUAAAUACGAGUUGCAGUCUAAUUCGCUCAUCAUCGUCAUUAUCUUCAACUGGCGGAACUAUAAUUGGUUCCGGUGGUUGCUACUCGGCACCGUCAACAAUGAAGAUGAAUCAACAGAAUCAGACUUCAAAUCAGAGCUUAGCACAAAUACUUGCAACAAAUCAGAGUACACAGAAUUUAUACGAGCAUUGGAAUAGCAUUGAUUGCAUUGGAAGUGGACAAGUUUCGCAAACAAUCUUGCCACCACCACUGUUCGAUACGAAUUGUACGACAACAGGCAAUUUUAAUCAAUGCUAUGAAAUACAGAAUCAUCCGGGUAAUUAUUGUACAUUGUCUGCCAUAGAAAUGCCAAAAAUGCCGUCGUCAUCAAAGCGACUUCAUAGGACAAUUCCAAAGCAUUUUACGAUGUCAUCGCCCUCUUCUUCUGCUGUAUUAAGUAAUGAGAUAUCGCAAAGCUCUAUUAGGAGUAAUAGCAGUAGUAUUAAUAAUAAUAGUAAUACAUCUAAUAAUGAGCAAAACAAAAAGCCAUCAUGUCAAUGUCCCGUUCAGCAUGUUCCAAUGACUUAUAUGCAAUUCUCGUCAGCACAAGUAGCACAAACGCCUCCCCAACCUUCCCAUCAGAUGCAAGAACUCCAACAAUCGCAUCAAUCUCAGCAACAACAAAGCCAUCAUCAUCAGCAGCAGCAACAACAACAACAAACUUCGUCAUAUACACAACAACAAAGGCAUCAGCAUUCAAUUUACAUGUCGGGAAGUAAAAAGAACAAUGUAAUUAAGUCGACAACAUUUCCAUCUGCAAUGAAUGUACAGAACAUGUCGACAAGUGCGGGUGGAAAAAUUCAAACAAUAACGAAUGCUAGUGAAUUAUUAGGGAUUGGUACGGAGGUACUGCAAACAACAGCUACAACACACAUUGAUAUGAGUGCAAGUAUAAUAGCAGCAAGUAACAGUGGAACAUUGAGGAGAUCAUCACAUAAAUCGCUUAGUAACGCGUCAUCAAUGGCCGGAAGUAGCAACAUCAAUGUCAUGCCAACUACUCCCAAUAAAAAGUCAAUUGCUACUAUUUCCGUUGCACAAAGUCCAUUACAGCAAGCAGCAGUUGGAGCUGGGGGAUAUUUCUCUACGACCGCACCGCAACAGAUGACGAAAAUUGAUGGAAAAACUCAACAAAUUCACUCGAUUUUGAAGAAUAAAAAUGCGACAAGCUGUCAUAUUAAUGUAAUUAAUGUUACGGACGGUUGCAGUAUCGAACAGAAUCCAAUUUUACCACCGAAAAUGUAUAAAACUAAUAGUGGAAAGUAUAGCAUAACACCGACAAAUUCUGGACCACCAACACCAGGUAGCUCAAAGCAAAUUCACACAAUAACAAGGCCAAAUGAAUUGACAUCGACUGCAUCUCAAUUCACUUUACUUUCUAUAAAUGGAAGCGGUAGCGGUGGUGGUAAUUCACAAAAGUAUCAACAGCAAUCUCCGCAAUACCAUCAACAACCAACACAAUUACGCACAAAUAUACAGGGAACAUUGUACAAUACAAAAUCAUUACCGCGUGUUGCAGCACAUGGCUGUGAAAAUGAAAAAACUCGAUUGAGCUAUUCAAGUUCAAAUUCUAGUAAUCGUGGUGGAGGUGAUCAGCAACAGCAAUCGUCACACCAACAACAACAGUUACAGCAACAACAACAACAAUCAACUUCCAAUUAUUCAACAAAUACACUGCCAAAAAAUCAUCAUCAACAACAGUCCGCCUCACAGCAAGUUUAUGGUAAAGUGACAAAUCCAUCACGUAGCGUAUUGAAUGAUGUCGUGAAUAAAGUUCCAUCGGUAAUAAUGCUUCCAUGCUUACCUACCCAGCAACAAUCAUUACCACAAUCUGCCAAUAAUCAGAUGAAGGUCGUAGGCAGCAAUGUCAAUAGUAGUGGAAGCGGCUGUGGAGUAUCAAUAUCAAUGCUAAAGACAUCGUCAUCAAAGGAUAAUUUAUGUGACAGCGGCAGUAAUAAUGAUGAUAGAAUGCUGAGGGAAACAGUCGUAGGAAGUGUGUGUCACAGUCAAAAUAGUACAUUAAAGCGUAGCAAAUCGAAAAAGGAAGCUCAUAAUGCUAAUGAGAAAGUGAUUUCAUCGAAAGGUUCCGUAUCAUCGUCAGUAGCAGCAUCACAUCAUGACAAAAUAGUUGGAAGCUGUACCGGUAAUAUGAGUUGCAUGUCAUCGAAUCAGAAGUGCAUUGAUAAACCACUUCCGGUGCUGACAACAUCCACAAAUUGCACAAAUCCAAAGGAACAUUUUCUUCCAAACGAGACGAGUCUCGAUGAUGAUUAUUUAAGUGAAUGUGAAAAUUGUAAAACAGCUGGAACGGGAUCAAGAUAUUAUUUAGAUGAUGAGGAAAUUGAUGAGCCAAUAGAGACGAUGACAUUACAGAGGAAACUAAUGAAUGAAAAUGAUGAAAACGAUCAACAAAAUUAUUAUCGUGUGUCAUCGACAUUGCCAACAAAUACGAAUAAGAAAACUCCAGUAAUUAAAAAUCGCGAGCCUUGGUUUACCACAAUUCCAGCAUCAUCAUCGUCAGAUGAGGAAACCUUAGCUGAAUGAGAUUUAAGUAACUUAAUUUAAAGAUAUGAAAAAAAUUUCUUUAUCAUUACCGAAUGAAGCAUUGAUGAAUAACGCAAAAAGAUGAUGGGA